AUGUGCUCUUCAAAAACAUACUUGAUAACUUUUGUAUGUAUUGCAUUAUCUUCGUUCGGUUUUGUGAUCAUUGGUAUUUUUGAUAAAAAGUGGGUGGAAACACCCAAUUUUUGUAUUUCAGUUUUCCCGGAUAGCAAUGAAUGUGGUGCAGGCGACCUUACUAAUUUGCUUCUGGUUAGCAACUGGGUGUGCCUCCUAACGGCAAUUUUCUUUGUGUUAACUAUUUGUUUUAACUGGUGGAAUUCUGACACUGAGGCUCGCAAGUGGGUCAAUGGAAUUGUAAUAGUGGCUUACCAACUGGCAGGUGUUCUAGGAUUCAUUGGAUGUAUAAUACUUCUGUCAAAAUAUUCAAAUGAAAUUCGUUGGGGCUGUGUUUUUGGAUUCAUAGGUUACUCAUUAAGCGUUCUUCAGCUCUUCAUGAUAUGCUUCUGCAAAUGCGCAAUCUCUGAUAACGAUGAAACUGAAAGAGAGCCAAAAAGUGACGCAGAAGAAAACUAUAUUUAA